GUAAGCAAUUAAUUCCAACAAGAAAUCUCCUCACUCAUCUAAAGGGAAAAAAGUAGUGAACACCUUUUCUGUGCAAAAGUGAAAAAUCAUACAGAGAAAAAUGCUCUCCUCCAAACUCUCCUGGCUGAUCACGGUGGCUAUCAUGGCGGCGCUACUGUCGGCAACCACCACAGAGGCACAAACGCCGUCGUGUGCUUCUAAACUUGUCCCCUGUGCACCUUUCCUCAACUCAACCAAACCACCGGCUUCUUGCUGUGACCCACUAAGAGAAGCCGUGACCAAAGAUCUUCAAUGUCUCUGCAAUCUUUACGAAAAUCCCGCUUUGUUGGUUUCUCUCGGUAUUAACGUUACUCAAGCUAUUGGACUUCCUAAGUACUGUAAUAUCCCUGGCGAUGUUACCGCUUGUAAAGCGGCUGCUCCAAGUUCAAGUUCUCCUUCUGAGAAAACGCCACCAGUCACCACCCCAGCUUCAAAAGAUAAAAACGGAGUGAGCACGGUUGCAUGGACUGGAAUGUCAAGCUUACUCAUGCUCUUUGCUUCUUUCGUGCUUGCUUAGUUCACCGAGUAUGUCCUUCAUGUAUUGAGGAAAUGUUGAUGAAUUUCUUUGUUCCAGUGUUUAUUUAGGGAAUUGACAGAUUGCACUCUAAGACUUGAUCACUUUUAUUCUCUGAAGUUUCCCAUUGUAUUAUCUGUUGAGAUGAACUAAAUUGAUGUAUGAGUUAUAGUGCAUACUUUGUGUUUGCAUGUUCUUGAUGUAUUUAUGGGGUAUUUUUUCCUCCCUA